UAAUAUAUUAUUUUUUUAUAUCAAAAUAUAUAUAUAUAUAUUAAAAUGUCGAGAGAGUCCGGUGGAUAUGGGCGCUGUGAACCGAAGUUCGAGUAGAGGCAAAGCAAAAGUCACCUCCGACGGUUCGACCUCACGCGUUUUUCGAGGAAGACACUCCGUCUCUUCCUUUCCUACUAUCCCCGAUCACUUAAUCGGGGACGCUAUGAUGGAUGAAGAAUUCAACCAGAUUUAUUCUGGUAGAGGGGACGCAAAUCUCCCCACUCUUGAUAGUGUAUUCGAAGAUAUUGAUGAAGCAAAUCUGGAUAAUCUGGACGGGGACGAUGAGCCUACACCGCAGAGCAACGACGUCGACGUGGAGGCAGGUGAGCCCACGACCUCUCGAGGUCCGGAUAAAGGGACUAGAAGCUAUGGGCGGAGUUUUGACGAAUAUUAAAGAAGGAAUUAAAAGAAUUUGGGGGGCUCGUCUUGUUUCGAAAAAAUGGAAGAUUUUCUGUAAGUCUAAAGGUAGAAAAGAAAUAGUUUUUGCAAAAGAUAUCCACAUUAGAUGGAAUAGUACAUACAAAUUGAUUCAUCAGAUUCUAAAAUAUAAAGAGGA